AUGACUACAGCUUUGAGAUUUACCUGCCAUGGCUUCGCCAUUGACUCGCGGCAAAACUCAGUCCUGGCUAGGGUUGUCCGAUUUCCGGUACUCUGCCACUCCUCGCCACCGCAUUCCGCCGGAGAAGACGACUGCCAGUCUCUUAAGAAGGAAAAUGAAGAUCAUCUGGUUCUGCUGGAAAAAUACGGAAACGGCAGCUCCAAAAGAUAUAUUGUGGAAAGUGAUUCUCAUGUUAGAACAGUUCUCGAAGAACGAACGCCUGAAAAAGUCGUGGUUCAAGAUUCGGGCACUUUGGAGAGUGCCAUUAGUUUAUAUUGGCUUCCUAAAGUCAUCAAAGAUUUCAUAUUGCCUGCUGGAUUCCCAGGCGGGUUUCUAUUCGUCUUGCUUAUUGAACUUAUAUAUUCAGUUUCGGAUGAUUACUUGGAGUACAUGUUACUUCAGUUCCCAACUAAUGUUACAGGGUGGAUAUGUCACACGUUAGUCACGUCCAGUCUUUUAAAGGCACGUUAUGCUGUUGGAGUAGGCUCUUUUUCAGGAACUACAGCAGCAGCUUCAGCUGCUGCAAUUAGAUGGGUGUCAAAGGACGGCAUUGGUGCUCUUGGGCGCUUAUUCAUAGGUGGAAGGUUCGGUAAUCUUUUCGAUGAUGAUCCUAAACAAUGGCGCCUGUAUGCAGACUUCAUCGGCAGCGCCGGAAGCAUAUUUGAUCUCAGUACCCCAUUAUAUCCUGGUUAUUUUUUGCCGUUGGCUUCAUUAGGAAAUCUUGCCAAGGAGGAAGUCUGGGAAGUAGUUGCUGAGCUGGUUGGCCUUGCUUUAGGCAUAAUUGCUCUGGAUACACCUAGUAUUUCCUCUUCAUAUCCCAUGUUGGCUUGGACAUGGCUCGGUUUGCGAGUUCUUCACCUCUGGUUCCGCUAUCUGUCCCUUUCAGUUCUCCGCUUUAAUACGAUAAACCUCAAGCGUGCUCGUAUAUUGGUGAACUCGCAUAUCAUAUACCAAAAUGUUCCAGGAAUAAAUGAAUGCAACAGGAUGGAAAAUUUAUUGGUAUGGGAAAGAUUUCUUAAACCAAGAAUUGUAUUUGGUGUGCCAUUGGGAGAGAUGAUUGUUGGCAAUAAGCGUGGAUCUAUGGUGAGGAUGCUUCUCGAAUUGUACAGGGAGGAAGAAUAUUUUCUCGUUGUGAACCAACUGCAAACAGAACUCAAGAUUCUCGUGUCGUUUAAGGAAGGAGCUACUAGUUUGUCGGUUUUACGAAGCGUGUGGCAAUCCUAUUGGCUCCAUGAAAACUGGAACAGAUCAGAUAAUGCCAUCACAUUACUCGAACAAAGCUUGAUUGAAUUAGAUGAUAAAUUUGAUGAAUUUUCGGUACAACUAGACCAGGCUGGAUGGGAUAUUGAUCGGUUAAAUCUAAAGGUUCCAAAGGAAAUUUCGAUUGAGGAAAAUAGUACUGUAUGAGUGAAAAGUGUGCUCCACUAAAUGUAUUUCGUCCUAUUUUGACUGGAUUAAGAGAUUCCGGUCGAAUUAGUUUUUUUCACUACCACGAGAAAAGUUGCUUCACGGGAUUUUUUCGAAGCUUAAGAAAGUCGUAGAAUGCAAGUUUUCGGAUGUCUUGUGGGGAAGUAUAUGCGAUUUUGUAAUGAAUUGACUGAGCUCUCAUCACUGGAAAAGCUUGGAGAGUUUGUUGUUUAAAGUUUAAACACUUUAGACUAGUCCUAGUGUAAUUAGAUGUUGUAUUUAACUGUUUACAUAAAAUAAAAUGUGAUUAUAUAGUGAAAAAACGUAAGUUUCGUUGGGCA